AUGCGUGCAAUUGUAGAUGUAGGAAAAACAUGGCCACAGUACGUGGCUGUUAUGACAGCUUUAAUAGCAAUGGUUAAUGCCGGUAUACAUUUUGGUUGGCCUAGUCCUAGCAUUCCUAAAAUUUUAUCCGAAGAAUAUGUAUUCAGUGUGAGUUCUGAAGAGGCUUCAUAUAUAACUAUAAUAGGUCCUCUGGGCGAUAUUUUUGGUAGUAUCCUCUACCCAGCAUUAGUGGAUCGCAUAGGAAGAAAGAAGACAAUUCUACUUAUAGCGGUUCCUCAAAUUUUGUCCAUGACUAUGAUUUAUCUCUCUUUCUUUUCCAAAGUGCUAUUGUACUGUGCCAGGUUUAUAGGAGGGUUAGCUGAAGCAGGUUGUUUUACAAUUUUACCCCUAUAUAUUGGAGAGGUUUCUGAACCCAAAGUACGUGGGAUAUUAGGCUCUUUAUUCUCCUUAAUUUUCAUCGUUGGCGUUUUCGUCGUAAACUCCAUUGGAUCUUACGUUACAAUUCACACAGCUGCUCUCAUAUUUAUGGUACUCCCAGUUCUCUUUGUGGUACUAUUCUCACAGAUGCCAGAAAGUCCCUAUUAUUUCAUAAUGAAAUCAAAUAUAACCAAUGCCGAGAAGAGCCUGCAAGUUUUAAGAGGAAAACGAAAUGUUGAAAGGGAAUUAACAGGCCUUAUUAAUGACAUUAAUAGGCAAAUGUCUGAACCAUCGAGUUAUAAGGAUCUUUAUCAGAUACAAAGUAAUAGAAUCGCAUGCAUGGUAAUGUUCGGAUUAAGAAUUAUUCAACAACUCAGCGGUACAUCUGCUAUUUCUUUAUAUAUGCAGACUAUCUUUAAAAAAUCUACAGAUAUAAUGUCUAAACAAUUGGCAUCUAUACUUAUUUUUGGCCUUCAGCUAAGUGUUAACUUUACAGCUGUUCUAAUAGUUGACAAAAUUGGCAGAAAGCCUUUAUUAAUAAUAUCUUGUAUAGGAUGUACAUUGAAUUUAAUUAUAAUAGGUAUAUAUUUUACUGUCCAAGAUCUUACUGAUUUAAAUCUAGCCAGUUUCAAUUUUAUUCCUUUAGUUUGUGUCGUACUUUUCACCAUAUCUUUUGCUAUUGGCCAAGGCAAUGUUGUUAACCUAAUGAUAAGUGAAAUGUUUUCUUCAAGCAUUAAAGCUAAAGCUUCCUGUCUCAUGAAUAUUCUAUUUGCUUUUUUUAUGUUGUUCACUACGAAGUUCUUUCAGGUGACGUCUGAUUACUUAGGAAUGUAUGUACCGUUCUUUUUUUUCGGAGUUUGCCAGAUUUUAGGGGGAAUAUUUUCAUAUUUUGUAGUACCGGAAACAAAGGGUAAAAGUUUAGAGGAAAUACAGCAAUACUUGAAGAAAAAAAUUUGA